UGAUGAGAAAAUAUUUUUAUAGUUUCUUUCGCACACACCCAGUGAGACUUCCACACAACAAAGACUUUAAUUAAUGAAACCCUAAAUUUUUAUCAUCGAAAAUGAGAUAUUUUUCUUCAUAAAUUAACGCUUGAAAAUAAUCAGUAUCAAAUCAAAUAUGGAUUUAAUUUCACGAAAAAGGAGAAGAAUUAUAAAGUUGGAUUCGUAUGGAGUAUUAUUUCUUCUGUUACAGAUCGUUUCUUUUUUAAAUCCUUUUGCAGCUGCGAAAUCUGGUGGAGUUUGUGUUUCUCCUGGUGGCCGGUUUCCCCCUUAUUCUAUCAAUGGGAAACCUCCAAGAAGAGUUAGCAAGGGGCCCAACGAUUUGACUCUUUGUAGGUUGUUCCGCAAAAAGACAUGUUGUGAUGUCACCCAGACUCAUCCUGCUUUAUUGGCAAUUAGAAGAUUGGCUUCAACUGGAGAGGCCAGUGAUGAAUGCUUACAUUUAUGGGAGCUUCUAGAAUGUUCUAUUUGUGAUCCACAAGUUGGCAUACAAUCAGGCUCUCCAAUCAUAUGUGCCUCUCUUUGUGAUAGGAUUUAUGAUGCUUGCUCUAAUGCCUACUUCGCUAUGGAUGCAAAGAACCAGGUGCUUGCUCCUUGUGGAAUCAGUGACACUGUUUGUGGUAGAGCCUCUGAAUGGGUCUCAAAUGGCACAGAGCUAUGUAAAGCAUCUGGCUUUUCUGUGAAGCUAUCUACUGAUUUUAAAGAAACAUUUUGCUAUGGUGGUAAAGCUAGUCUAGAUUCUGUGGUGGAUUCAUGGAGGACUACACAUUCUGGUGUUCCACGCAAUGUUGAGAGUUCAGGAUUUCUUAUUGAUUUUCAGCAGUGGGUGAGGGAAAUGUCAAUUAAUGAGCAAGUGUCGUGGGCUGUUGGGGGAUUGGUUCUUACAGCAGGGCUUCUCUUUGUAAGCAAAAGGAAGAGCCAUAAUAAGCGGCAACGAGAAGUAGCAAUACAACGUACUGCAAGGAAGCUAGGAGGAAAAAUGAGCCCAAAGUAUCCUGCUAGUCAAGCAAAUAGAAAAUGAAACUCGACACAUUGUAGAUGAAGAUUUGAUAUACCCCUUAGUAAUGCUAGUUUUGUAUUAUCAGUAGGAGCACAAGUUCAGAUCUUAUAAUUAUGGUCGUCUCAGUUUGUCCAAAGUAUCCUUCUAUUUGAGAUCGGAUACAAACUCUUUGAAACGUAGAUUUUGAGAAUCUAUUGGGUUUUUAUAUUUGUAUGGUAUGUCUGAGUUUUAGGUUUCCUUAAAGCUCUUCCAUAUUGUGGCAAAUUGCACUCAGAUCUCAUUUUUUUCAUUUUCCAGAAUGAUUUUUGUGGCAGUUUGAUAGAGAUCAUCAAGUUAUCAUGGCAACCCUGAAAUGGCUAUGCUGUUUUGAGGUUGUCAGGUUGUGCAUUUAAGUUUGCUUUCUGAACUUAUCUUCAUAAUAUUGAUACAUUUAUGUAUAGAUUAUAUAUGAUGUUUGCAAAUUGCACUGUUGUGGUC